AUGAAGCGAGCGUGGAAAUUCUCUUCAGACGCAAGGCGAGUUCAGUUGCUGCUCUUCCAAUCUCACCUCCAUGGAUUCCCCAAGCCUAAAACCAUUACUUCCUUUCCCACCGUGCUAGCUUAUCGCAAGCUCAAUACGCUGUCAAACUUGGUCUCUGACCUCAUUCCAUUGUUCACUGACCAGGCUUGCUCUUCUCUCGAAGGGCAUGUCGACAAGGUAACGACUCUGAGGGAGGAGAUCCUUCGGGAAGCCUCCGACCCUCGUCGGGUUCAAAGCAUUUUGGACGAUAAUUCUGACGCUCUCAGUCCCCGCUCCCCCGAUGGAUCUACGUUGCUCAAACUUAUGAAUCAAUUGAAUUCAAAUCCUUCUCUUGUCCUUCAGGUGUUUAGUUGGGGAAGGAACAGCUGUAUGGAUGCGAAAGAGUACUCAAAGGCUAUACAAGCUGCAGGUAGAUCUGGGGAUAUUGAUUUAGGUGUUAAGCUCUUUAAGGAGGCUGCUAGCAAAGGUCUCAAGACAACCAGCACUUACAAUGCGCUAAUGAGUGCCUUUAUGGUCAAUGAUCUUGUUGAUCGCUGUCAGUCCUUAUUUUGUGAUCUGAAGAGGGAUCCGACUUGCAAUCCUUCUAUUGUCACAUACAACAUUCUUCUAUCUGUUUUUGGUAGAAUGAUGCUGAUUGAUUACAUGGAAGCAACAUUCAGGGAGAUACAAAAGUUAGACCUUCCCAUGAACGUCAGCACUUAUAAUCAGUUAAUUGCUGGAUAUAUAACAGGUUGGAUGUGGGAUGAUAUGGAAAAUAUUUUUCAAAUAUUGAAGUCGGGCCCUAUCAAGCCUAACACGAAAACCUACCUGCUAAUGCUUCGUGGAUAUGCAAAUUCGGGUAAUGUGGAAAAGAUGGAAGAGAUGUAUUCCUUUGUAAGGGAUUAUGUAAAUAAAAAUUCGAUGUCCUCAAUCAGAUGUAUGAUAUGUGCCUAUUGUAGAAGUUCUGAAGCAGAUAAAUUUCUGUCGAAGAUAGAGUUAUUGUUGAAAUUUAUUCCAGAAAACGAGUACAAGCCAUGGUUAAAUGUGUUGCUGAUUAAAUUGUAUGCUAAGGAAGUCUGGUUAGAGAAAAUGGACAAUGCUAUAAAUGAGGCAUUUGAACACGGAAUCUCUAUAAGAACCAAGGGUAUUUUGAGAUGCAUAAUUACGGCUUAUUAUCAGUGCAAUGCACUAGAGAAGCUAGAAAAUUUUGUUAGACGUGCUGAAAGCUCUGGGUGGAGUAUCUGCCGCUCCUUAUAUCAUUGUAAGCUGGUCAUGUAUGGGUCACAGAAACCCUUAAAUCAAUUGCAUGAUGUCCUUGAGGAGAUGGAAAAUGUCAAGCUUGUUUGCACGAAGAAAACUUUAUGGAUAUUGUACAAAGCUUACAUGAACCGUGGCCAGAGUUCCAUGGUUUUAAAAACACUGGGGCAAAUGUUCAAGCAUGGUUAUGAAAUUCCUUUAGCUGCAUUUCCAGCAUAA